CCCUCUCCAUCUUGCCUCCACGCAUCAACCAUCACCGCGAGCGCACAGCUCCGUCCAUUUCUCCAAUCAGCAUCUUCCUUAUCGACAUCCGAACCCUGACCUACGACCCGUGAAAUCUGCUUCCUGUUUUUCAUCAGGUUUCAGUUGCUGUGAAGUAUUUUGUGUGGAAUCUUAUCUGUUAACAUUUACAAUGGCUCGAAAUGCAGAAAAGGCGAUGACUGCUCUGGCAAGAUUUCGCCAGGCCCAGCUAGAAGAUGGAAAGGUUAAGGAGAGGAGACCAUUCCUUGCAUCAGAGUGUAAUGAUUUGCAUAAAGCAGAGAAAUGGAGGAGGCAGAUCAUAAGUGAAAUUUCCAAAAAAGUGGCACAGAUACAAAAUGCUGGUUUGGGAGAAUUUCGGAUACGUGACCUAAAUGAUGAAAUCAAUAAGUUGCUACGUGAGAAAGGCCACUGGGAAGUUAGAAUAAAGGAGUUAGGAGGCCCUGACUAUGGAAAAAUUGGACCAAAAAUGUUGGAUCAUGAGGGAAAAGAAGUUCCAGGCAACAGAGGAUACAAAUACUUUGGAGCAGCUAAAGAUUUGCCAGGAGUCAGAGAACUGUUUGAAAAAGAACCACCUGCCCCACCACGGAAAACUCGUGCUGAGCUAAUGAAAGACAUUGAUGCAGACUAUUAUGGUUACAGAGAUGAAGAUGAUGGGGUCCUUUUACCCCUGGAACAAGAGCUUGAGAAGCAAGUCAUAAUGGAAGCUGUGCAAAAAUGGAAGGCAGAUAAAGAGGCCAGACUUGAGAGAGGAGGUGACAAAGAGGAGGAGGAAGAAGAAGUAAACAUUUAUGCAGUGAAAGAUGAUGAGUCCGACGACGAAGGUGAGGAACCGAUUGAAGGAGAGGAAAACCAGCAAAAAUUUAUAGCUCAUGUUCCUGUACCAUCACAGAAAGAGAUUGAGGAGGCUCUUGUACGACGGAAGAAAAUGGAACUCUUACAAAAAUAUGCCAGUGAAACUUUAAUGGCUCAAAGUGAAGAUGCUAAAAGACUCCUGGGACUCUAACAGAAAAAUAUUUAAUAACCCAUUCACAAGGACUUAUUUUAUAUAAAACCAAUAAUAUAAAUUUCAUAUAGAUUGUCGACUUCUUAUAUGACUUCCAACCCUUGUUAUGAUACACAAUGUUUACACAGUGGCCAGAAAUACCUGAUUUUGGCAGCUGAUAUGGUGGUUCUGGUAGAGACCAGACAAUGCUUUCUGUAAAUAACAAACUUUUUUUACUUAAUGUGAAUUGAAUAAUUUGUCAUUUCUAAUUUUAAUAAAAUGACCUUUUAUAGAUAA